AUGAGAGUUAAAAGAGAAUUUCUUGAGGCAUCACUUGAUAUCAAACUGCUUUGGGCAUCGGUCUUUUUCAGGUUGCUUGCUUACGGUAUGACGAACCAAGUGUUGGUUUUUUUUUUAACUGAGAUACACAUGUCUGAUGAUAAAGUCGGUCUGUUCAUGUCACUUACUCUGGUAGGGGAUGUAUUUUGUUCUUAUGUAUUGACUUGGUAUGCAGAUUCUUGGGGAAGGCGUAGGGUGUUGGUAUUAGGUUCUUUCAUGAUGUUUCUAAGUGGACUUGUUUUCAGCUUUAGUGAGAACUUCCGUGUGCUUUUAUUGUUUGCUAUUAUUGGUGUCAUUUCACCAUCAAGUAAUGAAGUCGGUCCCUUUAGAUCAAUUGAAGAAUCAAUGAUUGCUCAUUUGACCCCUCAUAACAAGAGACCUGAAAUCUUCGCUAUACAUGCCUUAGUUGGAAGUAUGGGUGCUGCUCUAGGUGCUUUAGUGUCUGGUUCAUUCAUGCACUUUUUAAGGUGGUUGGACUUAGUGGAAACAAACUUACAAGCUUAUAAGUGCGUCUUCCUUUUAUAUUGUGCUUUUGCAUUGGUAAAAUUGGUAAUUAUGUUAUUGCUAUCAGACAAGACCGAAACGACUGGCCAUCAUCACGAAGAAUUAUCGAGUGCAGAGGCAUUGGUUAAUGAUGAAAUGGCUCCAUUAGUUGAACAAGCUCAUCACGAAGAAGAAAGAUCUCACUCACUUUCCCCAGAGACUUUAUCGGUGUUAUACAGGUUGCUAACGAUCUUCAUGAUUGAUUCGUUAGGUUCUGGUUUUAUGACAGAUAGUUGGAUGGUUUAUUAUUACUCAAAGACUUUCUUCAUGAGUUCAUUUGCCUUAGGUGCCCUGUUUUUUGUUUGCCAAAUAGCAAUGGCAUCCUCAACAUUGCCUUCUUCGAUCAUUGCAAGAAAACUUGGCCCAGUAAGGGCAACCCUAGCAGUACAAAUUCCAGCUGGAAUCUUUACCUUAAUAAUCCCAUAUUGUGAGAAAUACUUACCAUUAUCGAUUACUAUUUUGAUCCUACACUUUUUGACUAUGGCUAUGGAUGUUACUCCAAGACAAAUAUUAUUGACAAACCUUGUCAGACCAACUGAUUUAACAAGAGUUAUGGGGGUGGUUAAUAUCGGUAAGACUAUUGCCCGUUGCGUGGGUCCAAUUUUCACAGGUUUAAUUGCCAAACAUGGUUACCUAUGGCUUUGUUUUGUCAUUAGCGGUUGUUUAGUCAUUUUGGCUGAUUUAAUCUUAGCAUGCUCGUUCUUACAUAUUGAUAAGAAGAUAAUCAGACAGAUGCACUCCUAG